AUGGACAACAAUCCAGUCAUGCCCGACCCUGCCGACAUCUCCGCGCUGCAGUCGAACAUCAAGACGAAGGGCAAGAACAGCUACUACUACGCACACAAGCAGCGUGAGAACGUCGAGAUCCACGAGUGGGACGGCAAGGCCGCGCCGCGUCUCCUCAAGACGCAGUCUCUCACGGCGCUCGAGCCUGCUGAAGUAACCGAAGCCAUUGCCAGCUUUGCGUGGGCAGAUGGCAAGAAACGCGUGUCCGUGUACUUGAAACUGCCGGGCAUUGGCUUUCACGCCGAGGAGAGCACGCACAUUGACUGGACAGCCACCAGCCUCUCGGUCAAGAUCAAGAACUUGGACGGCGGCAAGACGCGCGUGUUCGUGGUGGCCAAGCUCUACGCCGAGAUCUCGGACGUCAGGACCAAGCGGUCGGAGGACCAGCUUGUGCUGUACCUUGUCAAGGCCAAGGAGCUGAGUUGGCUCUCGCUGCAGAAGGACGCGGCGUAG